AUGAGUGAUUUGCAACAAAAGGGUGACAGCAACAGUCAAAGGAAAAGUGUACAAGACAGUGGUGAGACCAGGUAUGUUGAAUGGGAGUUUACCACAGGAAACCCACUGGUAGAUCUCACCUACUUCCUCAUACCUCAAUACUUGCCCACAAAUUUCUGCAUGACCAAAACAUUAUGGAUUUUAAUUUCUCACUGUGCAUGUAUUCCAGCUGCUGGUGAUCUGAGCUCCUUUUACUGCAGAUGUCGAAGAAUCUCACCAACGUCUGUGCCACAACUGAACUUCUACUUGGCUCUGUCUGUCUUUAAAAUGGCUGCAAUCGCUCAGGGGAUCCAUGCUCGUUUCCUGCAGGGAAAUGCCAGUGCUCCCAAUGCAAAUGAGUUUGGUCAGAAUGUGGAGCCUUUGGCUAAAAUAGCGUUGCAUCUUGCCAAAAGGCCCCUCACCGGUCCAACAAACGACGAUCUGUUCCUUCAGACAGUUAAAGGCCGAGCUGUUCUCCAGCAGGUCAAAGACUUCAUCCAACAAAACGUGUUUCCUGCUCAGCAGGAAGUUGUGAAAGCCAGGCAGGUGGGGCUGUGGAACCUGUUCUCGCCUGCGAUCGUGGACUCACAUCUCACUCAGGUGGAUUUUGCUUACAUUGCAGAAGAAACUGGAUGCUGCCUAUUAAGUGCUGAAAUCUUGUACAAUGAGCAGAAUGAGAGGUGUCAUAUGAGUCGGGUGCAUAAUGCUGUUGUAGCUGAAAACGGGGGCCUUGAAACUUUGAUCCUGGCUUACCAAAGUGGCACAUGGACUGUCACCUCUUGGGCAGGGAAGGAGCCUGAGCCUGUGAUUAGGGAGGCCCUCAAGUUGAAGGAGUCCCAUCAUGCAUUGUUGGCUGGUGGGCCUCUGGAGACAGCUGAGGAGUAUGGGCGCACCAAGCGAACAACAUCAAUGGCUGUUGCUGAGGCAAAAGCUCAGAUAUGGGAGGAGUUCUAUGAGGUCUCGGAUAGAGACUCAAUCGGGUCUGAGGAGAUUCUGGCAAACAAUCAGGUAGUUAAAAAGUUACAACUUCUCAUUGUUUCCUCAGAGCCUGAUGUUACGUCCAGUGAUGCAGCCAACAUAGAGUGCAGUCUUUGCAGGGAAAAAGAUAGCUAUGUUAUAAAUGACAAAAAGUGGUGGUAUCUUGGUGCCGGCAAUUCCAAAUGCAAAGUGGCCAUUGUGAUGUGUAGGAGCAGCUCUGAGGAUGUUGGCAGCAGACAUGAGCAGCACAGUAUGAUCAUCGUACCCAUGGACACUCCAGGUGUAAAGCUCAUCCGACCGAUCACCGUGUUUGGACAAGAUGAUGCCCUCCAUGGUGGCCAUUUUGAGGUGCACUUUGAAAAUGUACAUGUCCCUACAGCCAACAUUAUUCUGGGAGAAGGCAGGGGGUUUGAGAUUGCUCAGAGGCGCCUUGGCCCGGGCAGGCUGCACCACUGUAUGAGAGUUGUUGGUUUAGCCGAGUUUGCACUGGAGCUCCUGUGCCAGCGAGCCGCCUCCAGACAAACCUUUGGAAAGAAACUGUACCAACAUGAAGUUGUUGCUCACUGGAUAGCAGAGUGCCGCAUUAUGAUAGAGCAGACCCGCUUGAUGACUCUCUACGCUGCUCAUGCUCUGGAUACACUGGGCAGUCGUGCUGCUCGCAAGCAGAUUGCUAUGAUCAAGGUGGCAGCAGCCAGAAUGGUUUGUAAGGUGGUGGACUAUGCCAUCCAGGUCCAUGGAGGUGCAGGGGUGUCUGGAGACUUCCCUCUAGCACAGAUGUACUCGUAUGGCCGAACCAUGCGCAUCGCUGACGGACCGGAUGAGGUGCACCUUUCCACCGUAGCAGCUCUAGAACUGAAGGACCAGCUGAGGAAGAUGCAGGCCAAGCUGUGAGCA